GUCAGCUCCUACUAGCUGUACAGUUCUCUCUUAUUUGAUAUCAGAGAGCCCAAUGGAGCCUGCUGAAGUACCUAGUCAGGUUAGCAAAGAUAAUUUUUUAGAAGUUCCUAAUUUAUCUGAUUCUGCUUGUGAAGAUGAAGAAGUUAAAAGUACCUUCAAACCUGGCUUCUCCCCUCAACCAAGUAGAAGAAGCUCUGAGUCUUCUGAAGACAUGUACCUGGACACACCAACUUCAGGCACCAGAAGAGUUUCAUUUGCUGACAACUUUGGAUUCAAUCUUGUGUCCAUUAAAGAAUUUGAUUCUUGGGAAUUACCCAGUGUUUCCACAGAUUUUGAGUUAAGGAAGGAUAUUUUUCACACAGAAGAAUAUAUUUUAUCUCCACUAUUUGACCUGCCCUCUUCAAAAGAAGAUCUUAUGCAACAGCUUCAAGUACAGAAAGCAAUACUGGAGUCAACUGAGUAUCCUCCUGGGUCGACGAGUAUGAAGGGUAUUAUUCGAGUUUUGAAUGUUUCUUUUGAGAAGUUAGUAUAUGUGAGAAUGUCCUUAGAUGACUGGCAAACAUAUUAUGACAUUUUAGCUGAAUAUGUUCCCAAUUCAUGUGAUGGUGAAAGCGACCAGUUCUCCUUUAAGAUUUCAUUGGUUCCUCCAUAUCAAAAAGAUGGCAGUAAAGUUGAGUUUUGUAUACGUUAUGAAACUUCUCUCGGCACAUUCUGGUCAAACAAUAAUGGCACAAAUUAUAUAUUGCUUUGUCAAAAGAAAGAACCAGAGCCAGAGCCUGAAAAGCCACGGGAAGAAGUUUCUAGUAGACAGAAGAAAGGCUGCUUAAAGCUGAAAUCAAGUAAAGAACAAUCAUCAAUGACAUUAGAAGAGAAUAACUUCAAGGAAUCAAAGUUCGCAGACACUGAUAUCCCAGCCAUUGUUUGCUCCUAUGAGGAUAAGGAAGACUUGGAUGCUGGUAAUCAAAACGUAAAGGCUGUAAACAGGGAUCAUGAUGGACAUAAUGAAAAAGAAAUAGAGCUGAUGAUAAAUCAACACUUAAUAAGAACUAGAAGUGCCGCUACCAGGGAUGAAAAAGAUACAUUCUCGUCAGAUCCGGUCAAUUUUCCAAAUAAGUCUGAGGGGUUAGAGAAGAAGGAAAUCCAUAGUGAACUAUGUGCUGAUUCAUUCGAAAGGCCUUUGUCUUCAAGUUCAUCAACAGAAAGCUCCUUAAAGGGAGGUUUUCACCACAAUGAAAAAUAUUCCUCAAGAAACGAAUGUACUGAUCACCUUUCAGAGGACAAUACUUCAGACGUGAGAGAAACCCAGCCAUCGCUGGAAGCUACUAGUGGUGACAAAUGCGUGCAGUUGUGCACUGAUAAAAAGGAGUUCCUGGACGACAAUGCUAAUCGGGCCCAUUGCAGUGGCAGUGUGAGACUACCUUGCUCCUCCUCAGAUCAGCAAGUGGCUGGGGAUCUCAAUGAAAAUCAUGAAGGAGGAGCUGAGAGAAGUGAAAUAAAGGGUUGGGAAUGUUUCAGUAAAGAUUUCCAUUCAGGUCUAUAUGCGUAUGCGGAACAACCAUUGGAAAGUGGAUCUCCAAGGGACGGUGAUGGCGAGGGUAAAGAGGAGAAGGCACAAAGAGUGCACUUUGGAGUUAAUAAAAGACGAAGAAAAGCUUUUCAGCCAUCCUUCCAUGACCAAGAAAGAACAUUUGGCCACUCUCAAAUAGAUGUGGAAGGGACUGAAGCUAGGAAGAGAGAAUUAAUAGGUUGGUCAAGCAAAGACACAUCAAUUCCUGUCCUGAAAAUAACAGUUGAUUCGUUUCCUUCAUCAAGGACAAAUUCAAGUUGGGAAGAAACUACACUGACUGUGGAGAGUGACCACCCCACUGGCAAAGGUAUGACUUCAGAAGGGAUAGCCAGUAAAGUCAGUUCAUCAAAAAAUAGCAGUGUUCUGAGGGGUGAUUAUCUUUUUCAGGCUGAAGAUGAAAAAUCAGAUUGCAUUGAUCCUAAAGAUAGGGGUAAAAAUCUACAGUAUAAACAAAAUUGGAAUAUUCUAGAAAGUCAGGAAAAGGUAAAAGAGAAUAAGACAAAUAUAACUGAGCAGAUCAGAGAGCAAGCAGACUGUGGAGAUGCGUGGGGGCAAAGAGAUAACCCCAUUCUGAAUGUUACUCGGGCUAAAGAGCUGUUUACCUGCCAAGAAAUGGAGUCUGAUGAAUUGUAUUCUCCAGACGACUGUGGUGCUCCUGAGGAGGCACACGCAGGUGCAGCUUAUAUAAUUAAGACAACAUCAGAAAGUACUCCAGGAAGCAUGUCUGCUAGAGAAAAAGCAAUAAUUGCUAAGUUACCUCAAGAGACAGCACGAUGUGACAGGCCCAUCGAGGUAAAAGAAACAGCGUUUGAUCCACAUGAAGGGAGAAAUGAUGACUCACAUUAUACCCUUUGUCAAGGAGAUGCUGCAGGUGUAAUCUAUGACAACGAAUUUGAAAAAGAAUCACAUUCAGAUAUUUGUAAUGUACGUGCAGAUGAAAAAGAGAAGAAGCAAUCCAUGCAUCUGUACAAUCCUGGGGAGACACCUGACAGGGAGAAACAUGGUGUGGCAAACACAACAUCUGCAGAAGAAUCUUCCCAGGCUGUAACAAGCAAUCAAAAGGAAACCUCAAACUCGGAUUUACAUUUGGAAGUAUUGUCAAUGGACAGAAGAAUAUUUGCAGAAAAUAGAAAUCUUGAGCAUGGACAAAAGUUAUCAAAGAAAACAGACGUAGAGGCUGUUGUUCAUUCUGUUUUUCACUCAGACACAAACAGAGGUCCCCACAAUGGCUCCUCCAUUUCCGCUCACCAUUUUAAAACCUCAGUGCCAUCUUAUGCACAAGUUGGGGAGGACACAAUUGCCACCGUAAACCUCCAAUUUACUUCUACUGGAUCAGAAGACAAUUGUAAUCCAAGUGAAAUUCAGGGGCCUCUGGGAUCUCAACCCAAAGAAGCUGCCACAAGUUCAGGAAGUUCAUCGGGUUACAGAAAAGAAAGAUGCACGGGCCAGAUUUUCCAACCAGAAGAAUACAGUGCAGAAAAAUCUGUAGGGCCCAUGAUUUUUAUCAGUGGACCUUUUGAGAAUACAGAAGAGGAAAAGCUUGAAAAUGAAGGAUUAUUAAACUCCGGACGUUCACAAACUACCUCAGGUGACAAAGGGGCUGAGAGAUCUACUUCUGCUAGUUCUCCUGUCCAGGAAAGUGAAGCUCAAAGCGAUGGAUCUCUACUUUCAAAAUAUGCUAACUCUAAAAUACCUUACUUUCUUUUGUUUCUGAUUUUUCUUGUAACCAUAUAUCAGUACGACCUAAUGAUAGGGUUGGCAUUCUACCUUUUUUCAUUGUCCUGGAUAUACUGGGAAAGGGGGAGGCCAAAAGAAUCCGUCAAAAAGAAGUAACCUUGGUGCUAUUACUAAUCUUUCUUAAAAGAUAAGCUAUUUAGCCCCAAACAUUUGGAUUGGUGAACGAGACUAUUCAUUGUUCAAAGACCCAGGGCAGUUUUUCUCUUGAAGGAUCAUUUAAACAGGAAUGCGGAUGAAGUUUGCUCCUUCAUAUAAGUAAUUAUUCUAUAUAGGACCAUUAUGCUUGGAUCAUUAAAUACCUAUAUGAAUAUGAGAUCUGAAGCACGUCAGGUUGAAAUUAGGUACAGCUGUUGCUCCUUAGCAGGCGAUGGAGUUGCAAUGCCUCAUAUCCUUUCACUAUUUAAAGAGCUAUUUCUUGCAUUCAUUUCUUUUGCAGUUAAGCUUCAUUUUUUUCUGUGAGCACGUUUCCCCCCUAUGGUUUUUAAAAAUAGAUAAAACAUGGGUGAUGGAAAAGGAUUCUUUUUUUUUUUUUUUGUCCUCUGGAAUUGCCCAUGAAAUUUCCAUUUACCACUGUAACAUAUUAGCGGUAUUUCAUACAUCAACUUCUAUUUCAUACUUUUUAAAAACCAAUAUGAAUAUAUGAACUUAAAUUGAAGAAACACAUUAUGUUAACUUGAAUUAUACCUUAUACACACAUGCCUUUUACCUAAGAAACCAGAACAUUACACGGAAGCCAAAUUUGACAAACACCGAAACAAAUUGGAAGUUAACAGCUAAUUAGACAAAAUUUUGUGAGUAGCCUGACUUUGAGCCAUGUUUUUUUCUUUUAAGGAGAGACUGUGGCACAGCUGAGCAACUUCAAUAUGAACAAUUAUUGAGAGUUGAAAAUUUAAAUUAAAUUAGAGUUUCCACGAGUAUUGCUUCACAGUGACUUUGUACCUGUCAAAUAUAAGGCAUUAAAUGCUAAUAAUAAAAAUAUAUCCAAAUGAA